AUGAAAAUCCUUUCAAAUACACGAAGAUAUAGUGUCAUAUUCCUAGGAUGUAUAGUUUUAUUAGGAAUAUCAAGCGUUCUAUUACUUGCCGUGUUAAUGAAUUAUACCGCAGAUUCAAUAUUUGAAAUUUCAUGGCCCCGACCACACAACAUUCCAUUUCACGAUUAUUUAUAUGAUAAAACAAAUUCUUCGGAAGAUUCACCGAAAGAUCAUGACGGGCAUGAGAUUAUAGAUCAAUCUCGAGUGACCGCUAUCUCCGCACAGCAAUCAACUCCUACGUUACCACCAAAAGUAUCUCCUUCAACGACAACCCCUUUACCGGCCGCCACAAAAGUCUCGGAAACGAAAUAUUUCACGUUGGUUCUAAGAAACGAGACCCUUUCUCCUGACGGAAACAGUCGCAAUGUCUUGACAAUCAAUCAUCAUUUUCCCGGCCCUUCGAUAAUAGUGAACAAAGGAGACACCGUGAAUAUUAACGUGACAAAUUUUUUAGGGGUUCCAACAAGCAUCCAUGUACAUGGGAUAGAUCAGUGGAAAACACCAUUUAUGGAUGGUAUGCCGUAUGUCACUCAGUGUCCUCUUGAGGAUGGAAAGUGGUUUGUCUAUGAAUUCGUUGUUUCGGAGAGCGGUACUUAUUGGUAUUAUGCAACAUACGAGACUCAAAGGAUCGAUGGACUUUAUGGUGCGUUGGUGGUGAUGGACUCCAAGGAGGAAGAGAUACAUAAGUAUGAAUACGAAAAGAUUAUCUUGUUGUCAGAUUGGUAUCAUGAGCAAGGCGGCGAGUUGUUAAGAAAGUAUAUUUCCGAAAACGUUGACGAGCCAAUCCCACGUAGUACAUUAAUCAACGGAAAGGGUAUUUUAAAUUGCAAUGGGUCAAUUGAAAAUUUCUACUUGGAGACAGGAAAGAGUUAUCGUCUAAGGGUUAUUAACUCCAG